AUGAAUCAGGCGGCGGCUCCUCGUAAGGAUCCUGCAAUAGAGACUACGCUACCUUGUAGCCUUGAGGAUCUCUAUAAAGGUACCCCCAAGAAGAUGAAGAUAUCUAGGGAAAUUGCUGAUGCCAGCGGGAAUACGCUGCCUGUGGAGGAGAUUCUGACCAUUGACAUCAAACCCGGUUGGAAGAAGGGGACAAAAAUCACAUUCCCAGAAAAGGGUAAUGAAAAACUUCACAGUCUCUUGCCAACGGAUUUGGUCUUUGUCAUCGAUGAGAAACCACAUAGUACAUUUACUAGAGAAGGAAAUGAUCUGGUCGUCACAGAAAGAAUGUCAUUAGUUGAUGCUCUGACAUGGUCGUACACUACAAUACAUCUCACAACUCUUGAUGGAAGGACUUUGAGGAUCCCCAUAACUAAUGUUAUUCAUCCUACUCAUGAAGAGACUGUUCCGGGAGAGGGAAUGCCAUUACACAGUGACCCAUCAAGGAAGGGUAACUUGAGAAUAAAGUUCCACAUCGAGUUUCCAACAAGACUGACAGCCGAGCAGAAAGCCGGGAUUAAGAGGUUGUUAGCCCCAUAA